AUGAGCACAAGGAAGAGCUGUCCCCUGCCACUGGGGCAAGGAGACCAGGAAGACAAGCAGAGUGAGGGUACUUCUGACCUGGAGCGACAGGAGUGUGAGAUGGAGCUGAGAAACAAAGCUAUUCUGCAACAGAAGAGACGCCUUAAACAGGCCACCCAGUUUGUGCACAAAGACUCUGCUGAUCUGCUGCCCCUGGAUGGCUUGACAAGGCUUGGCACCUCCAAGGAUCUGCAGCCACAUAGUGUGGUCCAGCGGCGCCUCUUGGAAGGCAAUCUGAACAAGCUGCGAGGCGAGACCAGGCUUCAGCCUGCAUGGGUUCAAUCUCCGCUGGCAAAAGACCAGGAUGAAAAGAUGGAAAAGGGAGAGGACAGGAGAAAAGAGACUUCACCCCUGCUAAUACAGUGCCAGUGCCAAGGUCAGGUAUUGAAAGCGACUGUUAACACUGGGUGUCUACAAAACCUCAUCUCCAAGAGCUGUUUAAACCAGCUGGGGCUGGAAGAGGUAUCUGCCAUGGACUGUGGAGACCUCUCACUUCCCAUCCCCAGCGUUGUUGGCCGAGUAGAACAUAUGGAGUUGCAAUUUGGCCAGGAGACAGUGCGGUGUUCAGCACUGGUUGUAGAUGAUGAAAUGCUGGAGCUUUGCAUUGGUCUCCAGACUCUGUGGUCUCUCAAGUGUUGCAUCGACUUGGAGGAAGGAGUCCUGAGAUUUAAAGCACUGAGUCAAGAGCUGCCUUUUCUACAUGCCUCUGAAGAGCCUGGUCAGUGA